AGAUCAGAAACCUGUAGCGGCCUGGAUAUUUUGCAAGAAAACUCCUUCUGAAGAACUGGAAAAAUGCUUGGCUAAGCCUACAUGCAGCCCAGGUUACCAGCUAAACUGGUGUGACAGCCUAUUUAAAAUCAGUGACUCAACAUUGUGAUCACCCCGAUGUCACCGAAUGGCCACAGCUUGUAAAAGGACUUGAAAGAAUGACUGCCCACCCUGGGAAGUAAACUCGUUUUUCAAAGUGCCUGAAGAGGUGAUUCUAAAAAAGGCCAAGAAAAGUGGAAAGCACAGAUUUGCUCAUCUUUCUAAUCACCAGGAGAACCUCACUCUGACGACAUUGAAGCUAGCCGAAUGAAGCGAGCAGCUGCAAAGCAUCUAAUAGAACGCUACUACCACCAGUUAACCGAGGGCUGUGGAAAUGAGGUCUGCACGAAUGAGUUUUGUGCAUCCUGCCCAACUUUCCUUCGUUUGGAUAACAAUGCAGCAGCCGUUAAAGCCCUGGAGCUUUAUAAGAUUAAUGCAAAACUCUGCGAUCCUCAUCCCUCCAAGAAAGGGGCUAGCUCAGCUUACCUGGAAACCAACUCCCAAGCCACCCCGAACAAGUCCUGCCCUGAGAGGAGAAUGAAUCGGAAGGAAGCCCAUGGCCCUAGAGAUGACUUCAAAGAUGUGACGUACCUGACGGAAGAGAAGGUGUACGAAAUCCUUGAAUUAUGUAGAGAGAGAGAAGAUUACUCCCCAUUGAUCCGGGUCAUCGGAAGAGUGUUCUCCAGUGCCGAGGCCUUGGUCCAGAGCUUCCGCAAAGCCAAGCAGCACACCAAGGAGGAGCUCAAGUCGCUCCAAGGAAAGGACGAAGACAAGGAUGAAGACGAGAAGGAGAAGGCAGCAUGCUCUGCCGUGGCCAUGGAGCAAGACCCCGAGGCGUCCUCCUCCAGGCCCGGGGAGAGCUCGCAGGGCAAUAAUGACCGCCACCGCCUGGGCCCCGACGAAGUGUCGGUGGACGUGGAAGCUGUCCGGAGGAUCUACACCCGGUUGCUGUCCAACGAGAAGAUCGAAACCGCCUUUCUGAACGCCCUCGUGUACCUGUCGCCGAACGUGGAGUGCGACUUGACGUACCACAAUGUGUACUCCCGCGACCCGAACUAUCUGAACCUCUUCAUCAUCGUCAUGGAGAACGGCAACCUCCACAGCCCAGAGUACUUGGAGAUGGCCCUGCCGUUGUUCUGCAAAGCCAUGAGCAAGCUGCCCCUGGCCGCCCAAGCCAAACUGAUCCGCCUGUGGUCCCGGUACAGCGCGGACCAGAUACGGCGGAUGAUGGAAACGUUCCAGCAGCUCAUCACCUACAAGGUCAUCAGCAACGAGUUCAGCAGCCGCAACCUGGUCAAUGACGACGAUGCCAUCGUCGCCGCCUCCAAGUGCUUGAAGAUGGUCUACUAUGCAAACGUGGUCGGUGGGGAGGUGGACACAGAGCACAACGAAGAGGAAGACGAGGAGCCCAUCCCGGAGUCCAGCGAACUGACCCUGCAGGAGCUCCUGGGGGAGGAAAGGAGGAACAAGAAGGGGCCGCGCGUGGACCCCCUGGAGACGGAACUCGGGGUGAAAACGCUCGACUGCAGGAGACCCCUCAUCCCUUUCGAAGAGUUUAUCAACGAGCCCCUCAACGACAUUCUAGAAAUGGACAAGGAUUAUACUUUUUUCAAAGUAGAAACAGAAAAUAAAUUCUCUUUUAUGACCUGCCCCUUUAUAUUGAAUGCCGUCACCAAGAACCUGGGAUUGUACUAUGACAAUAGAAUCCGGAUGUACAGUGAACGGCGGAUCACGGUUCUCUACAGCCUGGUUCAGGGCCAGCAGCUGAACCCCUACCUGCGCCUCAAGGUCAGACGGGAUCACAUCAUCGACGAUGCCCUUGUCAGGCUAGAGAUGAUUGCCAUGGAAAAUCCUGCAGACUUGAAGAAGCAGUUGUAUGUGGAAUUUGAAGGAGAACAAGGCGUAGAUGAAGGAGGUGUUUCCAAAGAGUUUUUUCAGCUGGUUGUGGAGGAAAUCUUCAACCCAGAUAUUGGUAUGUUCACAUAUGAAGAGUCUACCAAACUAUUUUGGUUCAAUCCAUCCUCUUUUGAAACUGAGGGUCAGUUUACCCUGAUUGGCAUAGUGUUGGGUCUGGCUAUUUACAAUAACUGUAUUCUGGACGUACACUUUCCCAUGGUUGUCUACAGGAAAUUAAUGGGGAAAAAAGGAACUUUCCGUGAUCUUGCAGACUCUCACCCAGUUCUGUAUCAGAGUUUGAAAGAUUUACUGGAGUACGAGGGAAGUGUGGAAGAGGAUAUGAUGAUCACUUUCCAGAUCUCCCAGACAGAUCUCUUUGGCAAUCCGAUGAUGUACGACCUAAAGGAAAAUGGAGAUAAGAUCCCCAUUACAAAUGAAAACAGGAAGGAGUUUGUUGGUCUGUAUGCUGACUACAUUCUCAAUAAAUCAGUAGAAAAGCAAUUCAAAGCCUUUCGGAGAGGUUUUCACAUGGUGACCAAUGAGUCUCCUCUGAAGUAUUUGUUCAGGCCAGAAGAAAUCGAAUUGCUCAUCUGCGGAAGCCGGAAUCUGGACUUCCAAGCACUAGAAGAAACUACAGAAUAUGAUGGUGGCUAUGCCAGGGACUCUCUUAUUAUUAGAGAAUUCUGGGAAAUAGUCCAUUCAUUUACAGAUGAGCAGAAAAGACUCUUCUUGCAGUUUACAACAGGCACAGACAGAGCACCCGUGGGAGGCCUGGGAAAAUUAAAGAUGAUCAUAGCCAAAAACGGCCCGGACACAGAGAGGUUACCCACAUCUCACACUUGCUUUAAUGUCCUUUUGCUUCCGGAAUACUCAAGCAAAGAGAAACUGAAAGAGAGAUUGUUGAAGGCCAUCACAUACGCCAAAGGAUUUGGCAUGCUGUAAAGAAAACUGAAUAAAGUGUAACCAAGGGGUAAAAUUGGGUGGCGGUGCUGAUGUCCCCGAACCAGACGGCUGUAAGGUAGCAAGCUGCCCGAGCCUCCCUCCCUUCUCUCUGGAGACCCCCGGGGCUGGAACAGCAGACACCAGCUGCUCAUAUGAACAAAUUCUUUAUUUUUUUUUUGCCCCUCCUUUUGCGUGAAAGCGUUAUCUAUCCUUUCACUUGUAUGUACAGAGAGGUUUUCCUGAAUAUUUAUUUUGAGGGUUAAAUCACUUUUGCCUGUGUUUAUUACUGCUUGAAGUUGAGCCUUUUGGAGUAUUUAAAGAAAACAGAAAUACCAACCAAACUGUACUCUCCCCGGGAAAACUACCGCCAUCGUUUGUAGACCGUGUAACCUUCAAGUAUGUGCUUCCCCCCCCUCGCCCCCGCCCCGGUCCUUAUAUCUAAUCGAAUCGGGAACUGUACUUUUUGGAACAGUUUGCUUUGAAAACUUGAAGUCUUGGAAACAGUGUGAUGCCGUUAACUGCUGUUCAAGCCCCCAAAGAGCUUCUGUGCAAAAUCUUGAGAAUCAAUAAAAUGGAAGGGAGAUCGCCGAAUGUAAAGUGCAGCCCUGAGAACUUUACUUUUAGUCACAGCACAAUGAAUUAAACAAAACGAAACUCA